GCAUGUGCAUAGGAGUCUGUGAUAGGUAUCAGGUUGUCAACUACGUAUGUAGUGGAUUCAGUGAAUCCCCUACGUCGUAAAUUGUGUAGCCUGUAUAUUACUUAUUUGCCUGACAAGUGUAGUAAACGCUGUGAAUCACAAUUGAACCUCCACGUUUCCAACAUCGCAAUAUCAUAGUUCACUCCCGACUCCCGAGUAUUGCUCAGUUACAUUUUGUUUGGAGCAGAUCGUAUAGACAAUCAAAAUGAGUGAAUGGAACAAAAAGCAAGGAGUUAUUGCUGAUGAACCAACAUAUGAUUCCACAAAUCAACCAAGAAACAAUAACCCACACAGAGGACAUUCAACGGUAUACAGAAAUUCUUAUAGAAACAAUGAUAAUACUGACUAUAGGCAGGAAGCUGGUAACUAUAAGAGAGGACAGCAUUCCAAACCUACAAGGAACCAGAAAAGUGGAGACUGGCAUGUAAGUCAAUAUGGUGAUACUGAUAAUUACAAAGGAAGCAGAGAAAGAAACAGCAACAAUAAAAUUAUCUCUCAUGCCAAUAACCAAUCACAACUCAACAAUGAGAAUAACAGUUCUUCAAAAAGAAAUGAUUGGUUUACACAAAAAACAGAUCAAUGGAAGAACAGUAAUAAAGGCUAUAAUGUCAGGCAAGGGCAAAACAGUACUAAACAGACAAGGGAAGUUUCCCUGAAUCCAAAUGCAGGAGAAUUUACACCAGGAUUUUCAAAUGAAGCAGAUAGGUCUCCAUCAACUAUUAACAAAAUUGAAGAGCAUGUUGCAACCACAUCAAAGCCAGAUAGAUAUGGCAGAACAGAAGAAUGUGUAUCAGAUACCUCAUUUCUGGAUGAGACAACUGCAUCACUUAAUAGCACCUCUCUUGAAAGCAGUAAUGAUGAUGCCUGGAAUAAUGUAAUACCUUCCAGCACCAGUGGCAAACUUCAAGGUAGCAAAUAUAAAAAUAAAACCACUAAGGAUGUAACACCUCUUCAAAAAGAUGUGUUUAAGAAUGACAACAUGAGUCUAAAGACCUCCAGUUAUGAAGCAUUCGAAAAGAAGUACAAUUUUCUGAAAUCAAAUACAGAAUACUCUGUAGUGGAAGAAAUUCAAGAGGAUUUAUUUGCGUUAGACGACAGCUAUGCAUUAGGGAACUGUGUAGCAGCUGAUCUCAACAUGGGUUCUGGGAUUGCAGUGGGCUUCAGACAGAAGUUUAAAAAAGUCGAUGAGUUGUUGGCCCAACGACAGACGUCCGGUGGAUUGGCGUUUUUGAUUCAUGAUGAUGGGCGGUAUGUGUACUAUCUCAUCACCAAAAAAGACUCCAACAAAAAGCCUACAUAUGAGACAUUGUACAGAUCACUGGAAAAAUUGAGAGAUAAUAUGGUUGAGAACAAUGUUAAGAAGUUAGGAAUUCCACGUCUAGGAUGUGGCUUGGAUCGCCUAGAAUGGGACAAGGUUAAGCCAAUGCUGGAAUAUAUUUUCACUGGGACUGAUAUCAAGGUCACAGUUUGCAACUUUCAAAAGGCGGACGAAAGCAUGUUCAAGAGUAAGGACGAUUUGCAGCAUCGCAAAUGCCCCUUGUAUCGUGUGAACGAGCCUAUCACAAAAGUCGACCCUUGGUCAAUCGUCCUGUAUCUAGGCACAGCGAACGGACACAUAGAUAAAAACAUCCAGGAGCUUGACACAAGAUUCAGGAUAAGCCGUGACUACAAGAACUCUCCCCGCACUCUGGGCAGCAUCAUUAUGACAAACGUCGAAAAUUAUAAAUAUUUAAUCAUCGGGUGUAUUGUCAAGGAAAAGUAUGGAGACCAUUUGAAUUUUCAACAAUUUGAGCAGUGUCUCAAGGCGAUCAAAAAGAAGAAUAAUGAGUUCCGCAAAUCACAGGAGCAAUAUGAUAAAAUUGCUAUUCAAACUUACUACGACUUGGAUGAUGAUCAACUGAUGACAAAAUUGGAAAAUUUAAUGAAAAAUACAUGUUUUAAAGUUACGAUUACGGUUCAUCGAGGCGCUUAAUAAGCAAUGGUGAAAUUUAAGUAUAGUAACAUUAGAGUACCUAUUUUAAUAAUGAUUUAAUCAAUUGCUUUUAUAUUGAUAAUUAACACUAACAUAUAACCCAAACAAACAAUUGAUUGUCAUGAUAUUUAGAUAUCAUGAACCUUGAUUAAUUAAUGUAUAUUUUGUAGAAUAAAUAUUAGAUUUAAAUGAGAA